UUACAAAUGAUUCUAGUAGGACAGAAGUGACAAGUGAGAGAUCAGAAGCUGAUAAGAUAGUAGAUGGAAUGGAGUUUGGGGACUUGUGCAAUGAGUUUGAGUGUAUAAGUAGUCCGUUGGUGGAAUCAACGGCCAGACAACUUGUUCGUGAUAUCCUAGAACUUAGAGAAGGCAACCGUGCCCUUGGUACUUUUGCCAUUUCCGUUAGAUACAAGGAUCCAGUUAGAAGUUUUACAGGCCGUGAAAAAUACAAGAGACCUUUAUGGGUAACCAAUGCACUAGACAAACCCUCUGUGAGUGUGCAAGAAAUGGUUAUGUUAUCAACCAGUGAGCUAAUUAUCAAGUGGACGAUCAGAGGAAAGCCAAAGUCUUUCAUUGCUGGUAUUGGAGGAGAUUUGGUGAUGAGGAUCAACUCAAAGUUUAUUCUAAACCAGAUUAGUGGCCAAGUGAUUGAGCAUGAAGAGUCAUGGGAUUUAUCAUCUUCAUCAUUCAUUGCUCAGGCAUAUUUCUGGACAUCCCGUCGACUUUUUGCCGCGUCUGAGGGCACGAAAGACUUGGCCGAUCUUGUGAAAAAUCUGUCCAGCAGUUUCCCAAAAGAAAAGCAAAACACGGAUAUUUAUCCAGACCCGUUGGGUGAUCCAACAAAGUUCUUUCAGAGGGACGACAGCUUUCAAAGAGAUGCAUACCAGAUUGCACUCCUUCUGGCAGUUCUGUAUUUCGUUGUACAGUUUUUGAGGACAACCUUGUAAAGCCUGUCUCGCCUAUACUUGUAUUCAUAUGUGUAAUUACCCAUCUUGUACAUGGCAGUAUCAAUUAAAUUUAAGUUUGUUUUGUGAACAAAAAUCGUUUUAUGUCUUAUUUAAAUUGUAUUUCAAUUUGUA